AGGCCGAAAGACCCACAGUGGUAGAGAGAGAGGGGAAUUUCUAGGGUUAGGGUUCUGAGAUUUGCGAGAAAGAUGAGUGAGAGGCUGAGCGGCACCGUCAAGUGGUUCAAUGACCAGAAGGGGUUCGGCUUCAUAACCCCCAACGACGGCGGUGAGGAUCUGUUCGUUCACCAGUCCUCGAUCCGAUCCGAAGGUUUCCGCACUCUUGGAGACGGCGAGACGGUCGAGUACACCGUCGAGGAGGAUGCCGGUGGCCGAACCAAGGCUGUUGACGUGACCGGCCCAGAGGAGGGUCCCGUUCAGGGCAGCCGAGGCGGUGGGGGUGGUGGACGAGGCCGUGGAGGCGGCGGUGGUGGAGGCUACGGUUUUAACGGUGGCUCUGGAGGGCGAAGCGGUGGCGGUAGAGGUGGCCGAGGAGGUGGUGGGUAUGGCGGAGGAGGCUACGGCUCGGGUGGUGGUGGGUACAGCUCAGGCGGUGGAUACAGCUCAGGCGGUGGAUACGGAGGUGGAGGCGGUGGCGGUGGCGCUUGCUUCAAGUGUGGCGAGUCUGGACACAUGGCGAGGGACUGCUCUCAGGGAGGUGGAGGCUACGGAGGCGGUGGAGGCGGCUAUGGAGGAGGCGGCCGUAGCGGUGGUGGAGGCGGAGGUGCUUCUGGAGGGUGCUACCAGUGCGGUGAGUCGGGCCAUUUCGCUCGGGAGUGCCCGAACAGGGGUUAAAGCAGUCGUUUCCAGUUCAGCGUCUGUCUGCCUGUGUUGGUGGUGCUGGUGUGUUUGGUUUUUGCUUAAUUAAGUGUUGGUUUCUAUGAAUCAAAAACUCGUUUCGAGUAGUCGUGGUUUGCGGUUUUAUGGGUCAUCUCUUUUGAUUUCAAUCUAUGGAAACAUGAAGUAAAUGAUGAUUCCUUUUGAUGUAGUAAUUUUUCUUUCUUUCUUUUUGGUUAAGGUUUUUUUAGUGAGGAUUUGGUGUUAAUCUGGCAGAAAAUGUGGAUCUGUGGUUAGUGGUUGGAUGUUGAUUCAUACACAUUAAUAUACUCUGCUCCUCCUUA